AUGAAACGAAUGCAAAUCGAGAAACAUCAACACAUUGAACAAUGUUUGCAAAGAGACCAAGUUCUCAAACAACGAGGACGAUCCGUGCUGAUUUUAGGCUCGGCAAAUUCUGGAAAGAAGACUUUCAAAUCGUUAAUGUUACGUCAUGAUUUGGAUUCAAGAGAUGGAAAUACUCAGCGAAAACUUGUCAUGGCCUAUCUUGUCAAAUGUUUAUUAUAUUGUUAUCGACAAUUACGAAUUCACAACGACCAUACGUAUCAUACUUCCUUUCCGAACGAAUUUGAACAUUUGGAGAUUGAAUUACGAAUAUCAAAACGUCAAGGUUACUUAACUUUAGGUGUUGCCAAUUUCAUGAAAUAUUUGAAACAACACCAAGAUGAAUUUUUAACAUUUACUGCUCAUCAUGUGAGAUAUAUGAACAAUAUCAUGCAUUUCAUGAACGAUGAGUAUGCAAGUAUGAUGAGCCGUCCCUCAUGGAAACCUUCCAUAGUCGAUCUCUUGAAAAUCAAAAUGCCAAGUCCAUCCAAAUUCAAGUCCAUUGUUGAAUAUACGUCCGAGUUCGAUGGAAUUCGAUUCAAAUUCAUUGAUCCCAACGAACAAGAAGGUGAGCGAAGAAAAUUUAUUUCUCUUUUUCAAGGUGCCGUCGAUAGUGUCUUAUAUUUUGUCUCUCUCUCAGAUUACAACAUGUUAGAUUCCACCUCUGGAAAGAAUCUCUUAGACAUUGCAUUCUCGGUGGCACAACAAGUCGUGUCGAGUGAUUACUUUCAAGCAAGUCUUGUACUCUUUCUCACCAAAUCAGAUGAUUUCAAAGAAAAAUUGACCCAUUAUCCAUUUACACUCUUUUUUCCUGACUUUACUGGGAAUGAGCACGAUUCUGCUCAGUGUCUCGAGUUUUUGAAAUCGAGAUUUUUGAUGGGAUUGGAUACGCGGGCUCCUCGUGUCUAUUUUCAUGUCGUGAAUUUGUGUGAUACUCACAUGAUGAAUUAUGUCAUGCAAGCAUUUGCAUCGAUUAAUUUGUGUGUCAUUGUUUGA